GCUUUUUUCCUCCUGGCUUCAGAGAAACAAAAUAUGUGUUAAUUUGACAACUUUUGGCUUUAAAAUUUUUUCCUCAAUUGAAAUUACAUACACAGCGGUAACUACUUGACAAACCAUGAUGGGAGGGACUCCUAGCAGUCGGGUUUUGUGCCAUUGGUGGACAGUGGUUGCCUUUGUAGUGCCUUUUCUGUCUACUUUAUCUGUGGGAAUGGUCAUGAAAUAUCAGACUUAUGAAGAGGAUGCUUUAUUCACUGUCAUUGGAAACUUGGCCAAGGACAUGAGCUUAAAUCCCUCAGAUGACGCUAAGACCAAUUUCAAAAUGAUGAAGCAGUUCAACGCAUCUUUUAUUAGGCUCCGAGAAAAAGACGGACAGCUAACAGUUGGAGAACGGAUAGACAGAGAAAAAAUAUGUAAGAAUGUGGUCCAGUGUCUUGUUGCAUUUGACGUUGUCAGUCUCUUGAAUGAGCAAUUUAAAUUAAUUCACAUUGAAGUGGAAGUAAAGGACAUCAACGAUCACGCUCCUGAGUUCUCUAGAAAGGAAUCAACUUUGGAAAUUUCAGAAAACACAGCAGUUGGCACUAGAAUAUCUUUAGAUGUUGCAUUGGACGAGGACGUGGGUUCAAACUACAUUCAAAGCUACCAAUUAUCUGUCAACAGUCACUUUACUAUUGACGUGUUAAGCAGAGCUGAUGGGGUUAAAUAUGCGGAGUUGGUUCUAAUGAAAGAACUAGACAGGGAGACACAUGCCUCCUAUGUUUUGGAGCUCGUCGCAACAGACGGAGGAAAUCCAUCAAGGUCCGGCACCACAAAUAUCAAUGUCAAAGUAAAAGACUUUAAUGACAAUAGCCCUGUGUUCGACCGGAACAAUUUUUCAGUUGAUAUACUGGAGGACUUGCCGGUGGGGUUUCUGCUUUUGGACUUAAAUGCGGUUGAUCCAGACGAUGGAUUGAAUGGGGAAGUUGUGUAUGGGUUCGGAAAUCAGGUGCCCUUGGAGAUCCGACAACAUUUCAACAUUGACCGAAAAUCCGGGCAGUUGACGCUCCAGAGCCCGAUUGAUUUUGAGAGCAAGAAAACAUAUGAGUUCGAUAUACAGGCAUCUGACUUGGGUCCUAAUCCGAGCCCAUCCAUCUGUAAAGUUGUUGUUCAUGUGCAGGAUGUCAAUGACAAUGCACCAGAAAUCACAAUUACACCACUACAUUACAUCACCAUUACCUCUGUCACAGCUGAAAUAGCAUACAUCACAGAGGAUGUUGCUGAAGAAAGCUUUGUGGCUCUGAUCAGCACCGCCGACAGGGACUCGGACGCAAAUGGACAGAUUCACUGUGCCCUCUAUGGGCACAACAACUUCAAACUCCAGCGAGCCUACGAGGACAGUUUUAUGAUUGUAACGACAUCUCCACUUGAUAGAGAAAAAACUGCGGAGUAUAACUUAACGGUUGUUGCCGAAGAUCUGGGAUCACCUCCCUUAAGAACAAUUAAGCAAUAUACUAUAAGGUUGAGUGAUGAGAAUGACAAUGCCCCUGUCUUCAGUAAACCUGUCUAUGAAGUGUCCUUAGUGGAGAACAAUGCACCAGGUGCAUAUAUCACAACUGUAGUGGCUAGAGACCCUGACUUAGGGGAAAACAGCGAAAUCAGCUAUAAGCUCCUGGACACCUAUGUCAUAGGCUCUCCGGUGUCAACUUUUGUCUCUCUAGAUCCCACAACGGGCUCGCUCUAUGCGCUCAAAAGUUUCAACUACGAGGUCCUCAAACGGCUACAGCUUCGUAUUCAAGCAAGUGAUGGAGGCUCGCCACCACUCCAAGGCAGCGCAAUCAUCAAUCUAAAAAUAGUUGACCAGAAUGAUAACGCUCCCUCUAUAACACAGCCUGUGCUAACUAAUAGUUCUGCUGAGGUUCUACUACCCAAAAACGCGCCUUCAGGUUACGUUAUUACCCAGAUACAUGCUAAGGAUGCUGACGAAGGUGUCAACGCAGAAUUGUCAUUCAGAAUCUCAGAGGGUGUCUCCUCUGUGUUCUCCAUUAACAGUGCCACCGGAGAAAUUUAUCUGAAUCGUGAACUCAACUACAAAGUUUACGAGAACUUGAGAAUAACAGUAAGUGUCAGUGACAACGGGAGACCUUCACUUACUACAGUGGUCUCAAUCGAUAUCAAGAUCAUUGCAGGAUCUCUUCCCAGUGACCGCAAUAUAUUCAGGCAGAUAACUGACGAAAAAAUUAUUGAAGGGGAUCAUUCACUCGUUAUAAUUGUGGUACUGGCAGGGAGCUGCACACUACUACUUUUAGCCAUUAUUCUCAUUGCAACUUCUUGUAAUAAACGAAAGGGGAAUAAUCGAGGAGACAGCCAUUCUGGAAACGAGGACAGAGUUAAAGCGGACCACAAUGACCCACUAAUUCCAAUUCACAGUGGCAUUGGGUUUGAUAUUCAACCGUACUCAAAAAUGCCAACUUUUUCUGGCUUUAUCCAGACAGGCAUCGAUAUUUCGUGCAGCUCUGAAGAUGGUAGGCCUACGUGUGUCUUUGAUCUAAAGGACAAAAGCCACAGAGUCAAGUCAGAAGAUUAUUCCACUCUACCUGGUUAUGGUAAAGAUGCUCUGAGACUUACUAAAAUUUGGAAAAGCACCUCAACUAUAUCAGCACAAGACCCUCAAUUCAGUAGAAAGGACAGCUACAAUGGAGAGAGCGACUUCAAUGACAGUGAUUCAGAAACAAGCGGCGAUGGACCGAGAAAAUACAAUCAUCAAAACAACGUUCAAAAUGGUCUGUGGGCAUGCACAAGCAAGUGCAAGGUUUUGGGCCAUUCAGAUGACUGCUGGUGUCCAACUGCUGCCAUGACAAACAGCAAUUUAGCACAUUCCUUUGCUAAGAUGGGUAUACUUCAACGAGACACUCAAAGGAUGGAAAACUACCAAGCCCACAUUCCAAAAACAAAGGGAUUGCAGAAUGUCUGUGAGAAAGUAAUGCAAAGAGAAUAUGACUAUAUAACUAUAGUUAAUUCACCUCAACAAGUCAGGGUACAUGAAAUGAACAAUAUUACAAUUCCAGUGUAUUCACCAACAGAAACACAUUGUUCCAUACAUGAAGUGUAAUCUGUUGGCUAAAAAACUUGUUUAUUGUGUGGGCAUGUGUGAAAAGUGUGAUGGUCUU